GCGCGUGGACUUCCGGCACCGAGCAGGCGUCGCGCGGCGAACGCAUUGAAAACACGCGAAGACGGUAAAAGACGGUAAAGGAGGGUAAAACGGGCUCCUCGUCCCGCGCGCCCCAGGAGCUGCUCGGUCAUGUCUGGCAGGAUGGCGGGAGGUCUUCUCGAGCCAAGGGGUGGGGGCGGCGGCGGCGGCGGCGCGGACCCCGAAGACCUCGACGACCUCGACGCGGCGUCCCCCGGGAAGGGUUUUCUGCGCGACGCCAACGGCCGCGGCUUCGAGACCAUCGGCUUCGUCCCGGGCUCCGUGGAGUCGGUGCGCGGCGCCCGCCUGUCCUGCGCGUCCUGCUCCGCGCCGACCGCGGCCGGGUGCCGGGCGACCGCGUGCUGCCUGCUGACCUGCGGUCUGUACCGCGCUUGCGGUCGCCGCCUCCUCCGCGCGCCCUGCCUGAGGACGGAGGAGGACGAGGCGGCGAAGCCGCGGCCGCGGCCGGAGGGUCCCGUCCUGCGGGAGCCCGGGCCUCUGCCGAGCAGCAGCUUCCGCUACCCGGACGUCCAGGUGGCGGGCAAGAGGGUCCCUCUGCAGCCCCCGAGGGCCAGCCCCCCGAAACGGGCCUCGUCCCGCCGCGCCGAGGGGAAGCCCCGCGCCAGCGUCUACUCGCUCGAGGAGCCGCCGGACGACGGCAGCGAGGACGGCAUGGACGUCGACUCGCUCAUCGCCAAGAAGCUGCUCGAGCUGUACACGCAGCACCAGAUCGAGCAGCUCGCCCGCUGCACUUCGGACUCGGUGUUCCUGAGCCGCACGAGCCACAUCAGCCAGCUCAUCGGCGACAUCCAGCGGGAGCACGACCUGCGGGAGGAGGAUGCCGAGUGCCGCCUCGUACACGGCAUCAUCCGCCUCAGCGCCCGCAAGCACCCCGGCAAAGGCCACGGCCCCAAGGGGACGGCGAGGCGGGACGAGACUCUGCCCGACAGCGGCAACGACACCAUGGCGGACACCACCUGCAGCUUCGACACCGAGCACGAGGUCAAGAUCUCCGAGCAGACGUCGACAGACAGAGCGGCCAGAGACAUGAGGGCGAGCGUCCGCCGAGCUCCCAGCUUCGGCUCGCCCGUCUCGUACUCGCCCACCCGCCCCGACCCGGAGACGGCCUCCUCGGGGACCCCGCUGCUGCGGCUGCUGAGCCCAGCGUGAGCAGAGCGAUCCUUCCGUUUCCCGCCUUCAGAGAGCUGUAGCUUCGGACGGCGGGGGUCUCCGGCACCCCGGUUACCGUGUCCUGGCAAUUACAUCCCCUUGUUUCGUCGCGUUCUGCUUCUGUCCAGGGCGAGUGAGGAGACGUAGCCCUGAGUCACCUCGCGAGGCGUUCCUCAGAGCCGCGAGCGGAUCGUCUGCGAACGUCUCCCUCUAUUACGGUGUCGGCGAACCGUAGUCGACAAAGACGGGUGGACAAGUCUCUGCUCCCGAUGGUCUUCUGAGGGCUCCAGGGAGCAGCUGGCCCUUCAGCGCAAUGGGCCAGGAUGACGCCAACACGCACGUUUGGGUGGUCGUGCUGUGGUGUUUUGUGGGAAUGCGCGGUGCGGUACGGCUCUGCUCGUAGAGGCUUCCUGCGAAGGCACGUUCGUCCCGCAGACCGAGCGGUAUAACCCACAGGUUGGUGCCCCGUGUCAGCGCUGCGCUAAUUGGCAUCGUGGGCAUGAUUUCCCUGUAAGGGUGGGGCGUAAGAACGCAUGUUUGCUCUCCGGGUGUGUUUUUCAGAAAUGCUUCUCUCACCCUGGGACGUAUGAGGUCAAACUGUGUGCUGUGGCCAGGAGAGGAACGCAACUGAUGACAAAUACUGUGUUCUGGUUUCCCAUCUUUGUUGGAAAUUUAUGUUUGUUUAUUUAUCAGACGCUUUUCUCCAAAGCGACUUCCAAUGAACUCUACGUAGU